UCCUGGAAGGGAGCAGCUGGUUUUGCUGUUUGAAAUGCGGAGAGCCCCCAGGCCAACUCUUCCCUGUGGCAGCGAGUGCCUGCCAGGCACCUGGGAGAAAGCCUACCAGGACCACCGGAGAAAGGUCCAGGAUGCCCAGCCCCUCGUGGAUGCCCGCGCCCCACGGAGCCUCAGCCACCUCCACCUGAAACUCAAGAAACUGAAGCUGGAAGAGGAGCGGCUCGCCACCAUCGACAGGGACAACCGCCUGCUGCUGGAGAAAUUGUCCUGCAUCCUGAGGACCAGGGGCCAGACCGACAGCAGGAACAAUUGCACACAGAAGAGUGGUCGCUUUGAAAUGUGGAAACGUGCCUCACAGCCAUUCUGUGGCUCCCCGUUGCCUUCCAGUGUAAACAAGGGGAAAAGAGAACAGGAACCCCGCAGAGUGCAAAGAGAAAACAAAACCAUUCUGGAAAGGACCAGAAGCCCCGAGCUAUCGUCACACAGAGCCCAGAGGUAGCAGGAGAUCUGGACGCUGGCGCAGCGUGUCCUGGGAGACUGCAGACAUGCACAGUGACAAGGUGCCUGUGGUUGCUUGUUCGUUUUAAAUACACAGCUAUUUGAAAUUUCCAUUUGCUUCAUCAGAUUGAUCACUCAUUUGGACUUACUGAUUCUUUGUUGUUUUAGGGCAUUUUAUUCUAUUAUCUGCAAGCAUUUGCCAAAUGGUCGUAUCCUAAAAAUAGAUGACACAGAGCAAUCACUCAACUGAUG